AUGGCGCUACCCGGCGCGGCACUCGUGCGCUUCAGCGCGAUGCCCAACCUUGGCAAAUAUGUGGCUGUUGGGCGCAAAAUCGGGUCAAACUGCGGGUACGUACGCUGGUACGGGACGAAGGCCAGGAGCUGCCAGGACGGCGGCUCGGCGCAGGCGCCAAGCAAACGGGGUAGCCCGAAUCUCCUGAAAGAGUUCCCAGAGCCCAAGAGCCUUUUGAAUAACGCCAUAUCUCGCUCACUGGGAGUGAGCGACCUGUCCCAGCUGAUCCAGUAUAGCUGCACGGAGCACGACGGGGUCAAGAAAGCCACCGUCACCGUGGCGUGGCCCAACAAGAUGGAGACGGAGGGCCACGCUUUAAAGAGGAUUGACGCGGAGCGCUUUGCUGCCGCGGCUGCUUGUCUCAAGCUGAGGGAAUUGGGUUUGCUUGGUCCGAACAAUCAGUUGCCGAAGAGAAGAGCUGGCAGGGGUAAAGAAGCGCUACGGUUCACUUUAUGUGACUCUGAUGACGACGCUCUCACACAUGAUGUUCCUAUGCCCGGAGCUACAGGCCAUGAGCAAAACGUUCCCCCAACUCCAUCCGGAGAUGCCGCUGACGUCACCGAGGCACUUUCCCUGUUCCCCAGACCCAAAGCUCUCCUGUCCAAGGUCAUCCAGGUGGCCACGUCAAGCAACAGAGUCGCUGAGCAAAUUCGGUACAAAACGGUGGGAGGGAAGCUGAAAAAGUGUGAGCUGACGCUGCUAUGGCCAGAGGAAAUGAAAUUUGUGGCGACGGCCACCAACAGAGUGUUGGCCGAGAGGCGAGCGGCUGCUCUUGCUUGUCUGAAAUUGAAGGAAUUAGAGCUGCUAGACAAGGACAACAACCCGCUGACUCACGCCAGGUACCACCACAAGGACGUGAAGGAGGCACUGGAGAGGGACAAAAGACCCUUGCAGCUGGAGAUCUCGCAGCGCCUUAUGGAGAACAUGAGGGAGUACUUUGCGCAGUACCCGGUGGGGACCGAGUUGCAGAGGCUUUGGGAGACGGAAGAGGAGAAAGGGCAGCAGACAUUAAAAGAGGAAGGGGAGGAGGAAGAGCAGGAGCUGGUUACAGAUGCCAUCACGGGCAGGCCUUACUUCCCCCUCUCCAGCCAGCAGGCCAAUAUGCUCAGCUUUGAUCUGCAGGAAGAAUGGGAAAGGGCGAACCCUGGGCUGGGGGUGACGCUCCCAGUUGACGCCCACCGGCAGCGCGUGGUGUCGGCAGUAGACGCCUCCCGAGUGGUUGUGAUUGCCGGCGAGACAGGAUGCGGUAAAACAACACGCAUCCCCCGCUUUCUUCUGGAGGGGCAUGUGAAAGGAGGCAAGGGCGCGGAGUGCAACGUCCUGGUCACUCAGCCCCGCCGCAUUAGUGCCGUGUCAGUUGCCCAGCGUGUCGCCCAUGAGAUGGGCCCUGCUCUCAAACAUCAUGUGGGGUAUCAGGUGAGACUCGAGAGCCGUCCUCCAGAGCACAGUGGAGGAGCUAUGCUCUUUCUCACUGUGGGCGUCCUGUUGAGGAAGCUCCAGGGCAACCCUUACCUGAAGGGUGUCAGCCAUGUCGUAGUGGAUGAGGUCCACGAGAGAGACAUUAACACAGACUUGCUGCUGGCCCUCCUCCGCUCUAGCCUUAAAGAGAACCCCGACCUCCAUGUGGUGCUGAUGAGCGCCACGGGGGACAACCAGAGGCUGGCGCAAUACUUUGGAGGCUGUCCAGUAGUGAAGGUGCCAGGAUUCAUGCACCCAGUUCAGGACAGGUACCUGGAGGAAGUGCUGAGCGAGAUGAGGCGCCGACCUCCACCCCCAGUGAAAACGGACUUUAACGGAAAUGGAAGCGAUGAGACCACGCCAGACGUUGAACUCGUGGCGGACGUAAUUGAGCACAUCGACAGGUGUGGUGAGCCAGGUGCAGUGCUGUGUUUCCUCCCCGGAUGGCAGGACAUCAAAGCAGUUCAGGAGAAACUAGAGGAGAAGCCGUACUUUUCUGCAGGCUCCCAGAUGAUCUUACCAUUGCAUUCCAGUUUGUCAGUGGCGGAACAACAAGCGGUGUUCCGGCGCCCCCCAGUGGGCCAGAGAAAGAUUGUGCUCGCCACCAACAUUGCUGAGACUUCCAUCACCAUUGAUGACAUUGUUCACGUGGUGGACGUGGGAACUCAGAAGGAGCAGAACUAUGACCCGCGUACUAAGGUCUCGUGCCUGGACACUGUGUGGAUCUCCCACUCCAAUGUCACGCAACGAAGAGGGAGGGCGGGGCGAUGUCAGCCGGGGCACGCCUACCACCUGUUUCCACGGAAACGGCUAGAAGCCAUGACUACCUACCCCAUUCCUGAGAUCCUGCGCACCCCUCUGGAGAACCUGGUACUGCAGGCCAAAAUCCAUAGUCCCAACAGCAAGGCUGAAGAGUUCCUGUCUCAAGUGUUGGACUGUCCUGAGCAGAAAGCUGUGAGGGAUGCCGUUAGCAGGCUACAAGAAAUCGGUGUUCUGGACAGGACGGAAACCCUGACACCCUUAGGGGAGUGCGUUGCCCGUAUGUCAUGUGACCCACAGCUGGGUAAAGUGCUGGUCCUAGGUGCGAUGUUCCGCUGUGUCCUGCCGUUGCUGUCUGUAGCUGCCUGUCUGACCAGAGACCCCUUCCACAACAGCAUGCAGAACAGAGCGCUCGUCGUUAAGGCUAAAGGGGCCCUGAGCGGUUCCUCCUUCAGUGACUACCUGGUGUUCAGCAGAGCUGUGUCGGGCUGGAAGAGAGUCCAGCAGCUGGGAAGCAGAGAGGACAGACAAGAUUACCUCCACACACACACCCUGUCAGGAAUGAGUCUGCGAUUCAUAAAUGGGCUCAUUUCUCAGUUCGCUGACAACCUGCACGAAGCCAAGCUGGUCUCCCGUUCCACUGAGUGCCUGCAGCCUUCUUCUGUCCUCAACCAACACAGCAAUAAGGAUGAGUUGCUCAAGGCUGUGCUGAUGGCUGGCUUGUACCCCAACCUUAUACAGGUGAAGAAAGGCAUGGUGAUGAAAGGGGGGCGCUUUCGCCCCAACAGUCUCGGCUUCCGCACACACAGUGGGCCAGUGCUGCUUCACCGCUCCUCAGUCAACAGGGGAAAGGCUCGACUCCCUAGUCGCUGGCUGACCUUCUUCAGUGCAGUCAAGUCGAAUGGACACGUUUUCAUCAGAGACUCCUCCGCUGUCCACCCACUCGCCCUGCUGCUCUUCACAGACUGUGACGUCAAAGAGAUAGUGAGGGGCGACCGUGUGGAGGUGUCAUUUCCUGGACGUUGGCUCUUGCCCUGUGAUCUGUCGGUGGAGACCUGGGAGCUUCUGUGGAGUGUGCGCACCUCCAUCCAGACCAUGUUGCACCGCAACCUCAGCAGUCCAGACAACGCCGUGUCUAGUGCGGCUCAGGAUGGCCAGCUCAUCUCCUUAGUAGUGGAUUUGCUCAACAACACAGACUCCAAUCCACGCUCUGACACGCAGAGUCCAUACUCUGACACGGAAGACAGCGACAGCGAGGUGGACUGACAGAAUUCUUCAGGAUGAGGA